CAGGACCUAGUCGUUUCCCCAGAGAUCUUCAUGGCUCACUCAGUGGCUUGUUUAUUGCCACCACACGUCACAUUCCAGAGCCCAAGGGCGAGUCAUGAUAUCCCUCCACACUCUCCAUUGCCACCUCCAAUGCAGAAGUAUAAAAUCCAAAGGAACCUCAGUGAGUUCACAAGCAGCACCGAUGACCGUGUAGCAAAAAGCAUGUGCUACCAUUUACAUUUUUAUCCUGACUCUCCUCCAGGGUUGCAAGAGUUUGACUCAGUGGAAAGUAGCACUCAUGAGGUUGUGACAAGCUUUACGGGGAAGCUGGAAAAAAAAAUUGCUGAAUAAGAACAGUACUGGAACCAACACAUUACAUGCUGGGAGGUGGGGAAGUACCUAGUAACUGUACCAGAUGGUUUAUUUCUUGUUCAGGAUAAUUCUAAUGACCGUUAUAAUUUAAGCUCAAACUUUCACUCCCAUGGUAAAACGCUUUACACUAGAAUUCAGCACUCAUCUGGUAGCUUCCAGCCCUGGCUGGUGUGGCUCAGCGAACUGAGCACUAGCCUACAAAGCCAGGGUCGCUGGUUUGAUUCCCAGUCAGGGCCUGGGUCAUGGGCCAGGUCCCCAGUGCGGGGUGUGUGA